AUGCAUGUGAAACGCAUCUUUGAUACCCCAGAGUUACCUCUAGAACUCACUCAGAGUUUUGUGAAGAACAGUGACAGCUCCUAUUCACCGUACCGCUGUCGGGAAACCCCUACUGAUCCUGCAUCAGACACCUGUCACCAUUCACGCACCAAUAAGCCUCUGGCCAUCAGACCACUGGAGCUACGUACCUUCCUCAGAGUGGACAUACCUAGACAAAACAAGAACUAGACCUUGGA